CAAGGCCUCCUCAGCCCUCCUGGUUGUACGCCUUACAGUGGGAAUGGACAGAACUUCUAAAAUUUAGUUCUCAAACACUGAAAUAACAAAGUUAAGAUUUUUAUUUGCACAAGUUUGUGAACGAGUAUUUCUCAAGUAUGGACCCACACCAAACUGCACUUCCUGUACAUGCUUAAACUCCCAACUUCCUGGAAGGAAUCUCUGUUGGGUGUUAGGAGUAACUAAGUAACCGGCUAGCUCCUCUGCAGGGCCUGGCUUUAACUUUAACCUCACACAUUCCUUUAUCCCCAUGAUGACGGUGGGGGGUGGCUAUGCGAAAUUCUUUGAGACAGAAUUUGAAUAAUAAACGUUAUGUUUACUGAAAGGUAGGGGGAAAUCGUUAGGGAACUAGCAGAGAAAGAAUGAAGUUGGGAAGCUCAGACACUAGGAAGUCUGAGCAAGCUGGGGGAAGAGCUUGACUUUAGUACCGGGUUCUCCCAACAGGGCCCAGAGGAGGGAUGGCUGAUGGACCAUUAGCUGGAGAACUACAUCCAGGACAACAUGAAGAAAGAAAUGGUGGAGGUGCAGCAGAACGCGGUGCAGAACCAGACAGCCGUCAUGAUAGAAAUAGGGACGAACCUGCUGAACCAAACGGCGGAGCAAACGCGCAAGUUAACCGACGUGGAGGCGCAAGUCCUAAACCAGACGACAAGACUUGAACUUCAGCUUCUGGAACAUUCCCUUUCUACCAACAAGUUAGAAAAACAGAUUUUGGACCAGACCAGUGAAAUAAACAAAUUACAGGAUAAAAACAGUUUCCUAGAGAGGAAGGUGCUGGACAUGGAGGACAAGCACACGGAGCAGCUGCAGGCCAUGCGGGAGGAGAAGGACCAGCUGCAGGUGCUGGUGUCGCGGCAGCACUCGGUUAUCGAGGAGCUGGAGAAGCAGCUGCUCAGCGCCACCGCCAACAACUCCGCCCUGCAGAGGCAGCAGCAGGAGCUGACGGAGAAAGUGGGCAGCCUCAUGAGCAUGAUAGCGACUUCCGACCUCAAGAACUCCUUUACCACGAAAGAAGAACAAAUCGUCUUCAGGGACUGUGCUGAAGUCUUCAAAUCAGGACUGACCACCAGUGGCAUCUACGCCUUAACCUUCCCCAACUCCACCGAGGAGAUAAAGGCCUACUGCGACAUGGAGACGGGCGGAGGCGGGUGGACCGUGAUCCAGCACCGCGAGGAUGGCAGCGUGGACUUCCAGAGGACCUGGAAGGAGUAUAAAGCGGGGUUUGGCAGCCCUUCGGGAGAGUACUGGCUGGGGAACGAGUUUGUUUCGCGGCUGACCAACGAGCGGCGCUACGUGCUGAAGAUCCACCUGAAGGACUGGGAAGGGAGCGAGGCCUACUCACUCUACGAGCACUUCUAUCUGUCCGGCGAGGAGCUCAACUACAGGAUUCACCUCAAAGGACUCACGGGCACGGCGGGUAAAAUCAGCAGCAUCAGCCAGCCAGGAAAUGACUUCAGCACAAAGGACGCGGACAACGACAAAUGCAUCUGCAAGUGCUCCCAGAUGCUCACGGGAGGCUGGUGGUUUGACGCGUGCGGGCCUUCGAACCUGAACGGGAUGUACUACCCGCAGAGGCAGAACACCAACAAGUUCAACGGCAUCAAGUGGUAUUACUGGAGGGGGUCAGGCUACUCGCUCAAGGCGACCACCAUGAUGAUUCGGCCAGCGGACUUCUGAGUGGCCCCACCCGGGAAGGCUGACCGGACGCCUCCGCGUGCGUGCCCCCUCCCCCCCGCCCGGCCGAGCUCCCGGUGCCGCCGCGGACCCCGCCC